AUGGCUGCAGCUAAGCGGAAACCUGUGGUGAAGAACUUGCGGGGUCAACGACAACCAUUAUGUCUUCGAGGAGAAAUAUUUCGUCGAGAGCAAGGAUGGAAUGACCGCUUUGCAAUCGAUCAACAGUCUACAUGCAAUAAGACGCAUAUGCCGGCUUCUUCAUCAAAGCUAAGCAUUCCUUCAACGCCACCAGCGAAGGGGCCGUCAACACGAAAUGAAAGGGCACAGCAAUGUAAAGUCGGGGGAAAGCGCAAUUUUGAGUCUAAAAAGCUGUCGAGUGGGAAGUUGCUUCCUCUUGUGAACUCGUUAAAGCCAUCGACAAAAGUUGAACAAACCAAAGAAGAAAAGCUGCGUUUUAAUGUCUUAAAAGCCAUCGACUCUCGUGAAACUCUGCUAUAUCAGCUAAAUGCUCUUAUUCUUUGCACGCCUGUCGUGAAGCCACCUUCAAGACAUACCGACCCGUCGUUAACACAUAAUGCUAGUCAGCAACAAAUGCUAUCGAAGGGAGGGAUUAAUCUCGCAUCCACACGAUUAAAUAGGUCAAGAUGUAACACCAAUUUUGUGACAAAUUCUCGUGAAGCUGUGAGAACUGCACAGCAACUCGCGACAGAUUUGCAACUUACUGGCAUAAUUUGUGUCGAGGCGUUAGUCGAGUGGAUGCUUGAAGUCGGAGCACAGUCAGCAUAUCCACCACCAUUUUUGUGGCGUGGUAGAAACUAUUUUUUGAAAAUGUAUAAUGAUUUAGAUUCUGCAGAAGCAGCGUUACAGGCAAGGGGAAUAAAUCUGGACUGUUUUAGGCAACACAACCCAUUGCUUAUUAAGCCAAAAGAGAGGCUGGGUCGCGUGCUUGCUGCCCACUCCAUCAUUAUAGAAAUGGUCCAGUUUGCCAAAGAUCCGACUCCGAUAGAACUACUUGCCCUUCGUGGGCAGAUGCAAAAUACUCAUUGCUACGAGACUGAGCGCACAGAGUCGAAUGUCAAUCAUCUAACAUACUUUAUGACUGGACUGCAAGGUAUUCAUGACAAGAAGAAUAAUACAGAACAGCAGGCCAUGAUGCUGAAGAGUGAUCAUAAGACUGAGCAAUUGCUGGGAAACAAUGGCCGUAAGUCCGCUGCAGGACUUGUUUACUUGCCUGAUGAGAUUUUGGACUUCACUGAUGAACUUGAUUUACGUCAUGUUGAUUUGACUCAAGGACGCAGCAACUUGACAAAUAAAAGUCGACUUGAGCGUGGAGACCAUGACAAGACGAGUGAAGGAGAACCAAGCAAGACGGAUGUGCGCAGUCAUGCGAGUGGUCUAAGCAUUACCGAAAAUGAUAUUGUUGAGGAUAAGCGGGUAACGAAAAAUGGAGCCAUGCACACUUUUGGUGCUUUGGUGAAUGACGACGCUAGCUGCCGAACAAGGAACCAAUUUGAGAAUACUGAUCAUUAUUUCGACGGCGAGAUUUGCGACAGCGGCCUUAAUCUAAAUGAAAUGCCCGAAUCACAACCAAUUUUAGGACCUCCCGCACCCGAUUUGCACAAUUUUAAUACCAAAACUUUCGCAGACGAAUGUCUGCAAAAGACAGAGUUCGAAAUGUUUGGUAUGGUGAAUGAAGCUAGUGUCAGCGCCGAAAAGUGCUUCUCUCGGUCAAGAUCAAGUUUUGACCUACCGGAGCAUGUCAAUUAUUUACAUGCCGAUUCGACAGAUUUCGAUUUUAAGACGGACAAGAAGAAACUUAGUGCUGAUGUACAACAAACACAAGAUAUUUUAAUUGAAACCGGUGUGACGUCGGAAUCGGUUGAAAAUCGAUUCAAUCGACAAACAAACGAUGAAGGAGGCUCGGAAUGCGCUGAUAGCUUUGACGAAACUGCUAGCGAGAUUGCAAUCAACUGUAACUCUAGUGACCAACUUACAUUACUUGCUGUUGACCAUGAAUUUGAAGAUAAGCCGGUAAAUUCUUGUAAUUCAGGUACGCCGGAUCUACAGCAAGCAAAGCGCUCGACAGACUGUGAGGGUAAACAAAUACUUAUAGAAAACUUUCAGAAAAUGUCGAAAUUGUUGGAACACGAAUUAAAGCGAUGGUCAUUUCUUGAGGAUGAAAAUCGUCCUAUCCAGGUAAACUUGCAGAGUUGUCUGGCAUGGCAAAACACUUCAGUUUUGAGAGAAUGUCUCCGGCGCCACUCAUCCAUUAGUGAAUGUAUGGAAGGGUCUAUUCUCUCGAUGCUGGAUCAGUACGGCUUUUCUGUCCCGGAUACACAUUUAAUAAAACUGCUUUGCAGUGAUGUAGCUCAAGAUCUUGAUCUGGCUACGCAUCUUAUCAACGAAUGCCAUGUUGUUCUUGGUGAUAUCUGCGCCGUUCUCGCGGAUAACAUUCAAAAAUUGCUUGGUUUGAAAACCUCCUUAGUGUCCGAGAUUGAGUUUGAGGAAGUCAUAAAAAUAGCGGAAGCUGCCCGCACAGAAUUUCAUCAUUCGACGUGGGACUAUGUUAAGAUUUCCACGACGCUUAUUAUUUUCCUAAAUUCUUCAGACAAUACCACAAAAGCUUCACAAGUGAGUCAAUCUUCUGUUUCGUCCGAGCUCAGCCAGCUCUUGAAGGUGUUUUACCCUUAUGUGGUUAAUGAGCCGCGAGACCGACUGAACAAAAAUUGGGAUGCAGUGAGUAAGAUCCUGGUAGCAAUGGGACUACCCACCGACUGUCUUUACGUCAUGUUAGAUCCAUUGUGCAAGACCCUUCUACUUGUAGUGAAUAUAUGCAGUGCCCCAACCCAAGACUGUCUAAAUGACGACGCUAACUAUGUCUUUCCCAGAUUAACUGUCAUUUGUGAUCGAGAGGAUAUAUUACAAUCGAGUGUCGAGUAUGUUUGGCGUCACCAUCUUGUGUUGGAGAGUGAUAACCCAAACAUAUCGAUUUUUCCUUAUUUUAAAUGUUCAUUUGGUGACAAGGUCGUAAAUGGAUUUAAUGUUGAAGAAGGAGAAGGAAAAGGUCCUUUGAAGGAAUGGUUCACACUUGUCGGUGCUCAAUUAGCAUCUAAAUGGAAAAUUCUCCCUGCGAGUAAAGUCCUAGCGGAAGCAGAUUCGAUUAAGAUUACUACACAUGAGAAUGUAGUGACAAUUCCUGGAGCUUCUGAUGAUAUUUAUCCAGGCAUUAAACUCGAAUGGAAGACGAGUGAAGGGGAUACAGUGUGUAGAGUUGUUAAUAAGUGCGUCGGAGGUGGAGACUUUUUACUCGAUCGAGUUGGGUCAUCCUAUUCUUUGAUGGCAACUCAGCUGAUAAUCUCGCAGCCCUGUAUUGCUUUGUUUGAGUAUGUCCGAGGAUCCGAGAGUUACUGGCUGAAUGAAAACACACGGAACUCACCUGAAAGUCAAGACGCACUCGUCUUUUUAGGAUGGUUUCUUGCUUGUGCAGUUACGCAUUUUUGCUCGAUUCAAUUAAGGAUACACCCUCUGUUCUUUCGCUUACUGCUAAACUCGCAGCAUUGUGUUUCACUAGAAGAGUUAAAAAAUUUUGAUCCGCAAUUAUUUCAAUCAUUAUCCGGAGUAAGAAAUAUGAAGCCGUCAAAUUUUGCCGAUUUGUUGAAGCUCGAAGGUUAUGAAGAUAAUUUGAGCGCGGAGGAUUAUAUCUGCACUGUACUGGAAAGAAAAUUUGGCCCAACGUCCGAAAUUGGAUGGCAAUUGCAAUUCGUGCGUAGUGGGUUCGAUCGAGUUAUUGAUCGUGACCAGCUAAAUUGUCUGGGGAUUACUGAGACAGAUUUGUCAGAUUGCGUUUGUGGAAGUCGUUUUAAUCCUAACGAAGAUUUUGUUAUUAAUGAUAUCUUUCGGAUCGCCACUGACAAUGAUUUAUCCCACUGUCCGCCUAUGAUGAAUGCUUUUUGGCACACAGUCAAUAGUUUUGAGCCGACGCUAAAGCGAAAAUUCAUAAAGUUUGUGACGGGGGUCGAUACACUACCUCUUGCAGGAACUGAGUUUUUGAGGAUUGAGAUGCCAUUUAUAGCGACUUCGUCGAAUGAUCACGUGAGAUAUCUGCAAAUGCUCCCUCAGGCCCAUACUUGUGAUAAUACAUUAGAGAUGCCGCAUUACUGGAAGGCACUAUGCUGGAGAGAGCGACAUAACGAAAAUGAAGCGAACGAUCAGUUAGAAGGAGAAUUAAUGCUUUUAAUAAACAAAAAGUUGCGCGACGCAGUAGAAUAUUCGAGUGGAUAUGGACUUGACAAUGCGUCUGCAGUUGGAGGUGUGUUCAAGACGUCAAUUGGCGACAGUCAUUUGGUGUUAAAAGAAGAGAGCUACGAUUCGAUGGGACUACCGACUUUGUCAGACCUGUCAUCGGAGAGCUCGUUGCCGCCGCUUCAAACGCCACGCCUACUCCAGAUGGAGGAAGAUGUUAGCAAGUUGGAUGAUAAGGCAGUUGAGUUGACCACCGCAUUGAUAUCAGAUGAAGUUUACGAUGAAUAUGACGACUGGGAGGAAGAGUCCGUGGCUUGA